CUUCCGUCAUCAGCGUGUCCCGCAGAUCACGGAGCGGCUCCUAUAAGCGGCUCCACAGCAAGACCUGCGGACAGUGAGCGUGUCGGCGCGCAGAGGACAUGGACACGAGGACACAGUGAGAGCAGAGGACUGAGCACGGACCGUCAGUGCAGCUGACAUCAAACACUCAGAUGUGACAGAUUUAUCACUAAUCCUCUAGUUGAAGAAGCACAGGAAACCACUUCGCCAGUUGUCAGUGGGUGUUUUUGGCGCGUGAGGACCGAUGCUGCUGCUUCCUUCGCGUUUAACAUCACUACAACAGUUCAGUCAUUAUUGAUUUGCUCCAUGCCACAGAACAGGACCGGAUUAUAAUUCCCUCUUGGAUUUAAAAGUCUUCAAUUUAACUUCUCAUCAACGCCAAACUUCUCUUUACACGGCUGGAAACUGCGCACGGAGAUGGCGCAAAGGUACGAUGAGCUGGCUCAUUACGGAGGCGCCAUGGACGGAGUCGGAGUCCCCACGUCCAUGUACGGAGACCCGCACGCCCCUCGGCCCCUGCCCCAGGUCCACCACCUGAACCACGGGCCGCCUCCGCACCCGACCCAGCACUACGGAGCCCACGCGCCGCACAACAUCAUGCCCAGCAGCAUGGGCAGCGCCGUCAACGACGCGCUGAAGAGAGACAAGGACCAAAUCUACGGCCACCCUUUAUUCCCUCUGCUGGCUCUGGUGUUCGAGAAGUGUGAGCUGGCGACCUGCACGCCCAGAGAGCCCGGGGUGGCGGGAGGAGACGUCUGCUCCUCCGACUCCUUCAACGAAGACAUAGCCGUGUUUGCCAAACAGAUCCGCGCAGAGAAACCUUUAUUUUCUUCCAACCCAGAGCUGGAUAACUUGAUGAUUCAAGCGAUUCAAGUCCUUCGAUUUCACCUGCUGGAAUUAGAGAAGGUUCACGAGCUCUGUGAUAACUUCUGCCACCGGUACAUCAGCUGCCUGAAAGGCAAAAUGCCCAUCGAUCUGGUCAUAGAGGAGCGGGACGUCUGCAAGUCAGACUUCGACGACCUCUCAGGAUCCUCCACGAACCUCGCAGAUCACAACCCAGCGUCCUGGAGAGACAUGGAUGACGCCCACUCCACACCCUCCGUGGGCACCCCGGGACCGUCCAGCGGGGGACACGUCUCCCAGAGUGGGGACAACACCAGUGAACUCGGAGACGGCCUCGACAACAGCCUGGCAUCACCGGGCACGGGAGACGAGGAUGACCAGGACAAGAAGAGGCAGAAGAAACGAGGCAUCUUCCCCAAAGUGGCCACAAACAUAAUGAGAGCGUGGCUCUUCCAGCACCUUACGCACCCGUACCCCUCAGAGGAACAGAAAAAGCAGCUAGCACAAGACACAGGCCUCACCAUACUUCAAGUGAACAACUGGUUUAUUAAUGCAAGGAGGAGAAUAGUCCAGCCUAUGAUUGACCAGUCCAACAGAGCAGUGAGUCAGGGUACAGCUUACAGUCCAGAUGGCCAGCCAAUGGGAGGUUUCGUUCUUGAUGGGCAGCAGCACAUGGGUCUCCGACCUGGAGGGCCAAUGGGUGGCAUGGGUAUGAACAUGGGCAUGGACGGGCAGUGGCACUACAUGUAAAACCACUCCACUGAGGCGAGCCUGAACAACAGGGUGAAGCCUCCGUGGUUGGCUCAGGGAUCCUCUUCCAUCCGGCAGUGGAGCUCGGUACCGGAGCCGCCACCGCCGCUGCUGCAGCCGCCACGUCACACCCACCUGACCACUCCCACCUCACCUUGCCCGAGCCCGCAUGGCGCGCGCGCGUGUACAGGAUCACCACGGAAAAAAAAACAAAACAAAACAAAAAAAAGCCUAACCUCUGCACGAGAGGCCGCCCCCACAAACUUUAAAGACUUUAAGAGAGAAGAGAGACUCGGUGUGAGGCGAGGAGCUUUUAGGGCUGCACGGAAAAAUACGACGAGCAAGGACUUCACAGUGAAGAGAAGCAGUUUGACACAUCUCCUCCAUUUCCUUUUAAAUUAUUUAUUUAUUUUUCUACAACCACGGGGGAUGACAACUUUCCUGUUUUCUCUCCUUUUUUAAGUAAAGCUUUACCCCUGAAUAUUCCCAUCACACACACCCUCCCCUUCAUAGGACAGAAGCGAAAAAAAACACUGUGGAAUAUCUUUUUAAAAAUAUGAGGACUCGGUGAGAGUUUUAAUUGUUGUGCUGUAUAGAUUGUGCUCUUUAUUUGGCUGUUUCCGUCCAUGUUUGCGCUUGUGAUCAUUAGACGUUAGAGUGAGCUUUUACCACUGACAUGUUUUUAAAAGAAAUCCUGACUAAAGGCAAGAUUUUGUAAGAAAAAAAUGAUCUGAAUGUUUUUGUUUUUGUUCUCCAUGCACUGCAUCGCUUUUUUUUUUCUCUGUUUGGAUUUUACUUGUGUUUUUAAAAACUGGAAUUGAAAAGACUUUCUGAGGGAACAGGGGACUUACAGAUGGCGGACUGAGGUCCACUUUUUUUGACAAUGUUUUAAAUAGUUUUCGUAGCACCAAAACACAGAGAGGAAGUCUGCACUAAAACCAAAAUAAAGACUUAAUUGAGGAAGACGAAACAAAGAAGCAACAGAGUGUUUUAAUGUGAAUGUGACUUUUUUAUUUUGUAUUUUCCUGCGGGCUGAUUUUAAAUAUCCGAGGGAGAAAGGUCAGUGUAGGCGUUGGACAAAACGGUUUAAGCAGCAACAUUAGUUUGGUGGAGCAGGUCACGUAGCCAGCUGUGGUUCGAUAUGAGACGAGGCUUGCAGUUGUGUGGUGUUAUUGGAUUGAUGGUGACAGGGAUGAUGGAUGGCCCCGCUGCCAAAUUCAAGAAAAUCACAGCCGAGGCUGAGGCUGCGGCGGCGGCAGCUUUUACUCACUGUUGUUGUUUCUAUAAAGCCUGUAGCUACUGCUGGGCUGCGUGGAUGCCGUGGCGCGCGUUUGUGUAUGUGUGUGUGCGUGCGUGCGUGCGUGUUGCGUGACAGAGAGAAAGAUGUAGAAAAAAAAAAGUGGAACAA